GACAGCUGCAUGCCUCUACAACUCACGUCAUUUUUGCUAUUAAACACCUCAGUGCUGCAUCUCAAGGAGUGGAGACCUCAGUCGAAGACAUUUUUGUUGGACACAUUCAGUACAGCAUCUCAAGGACAGGCGACCUCAGUCGACGAUUCGACUGGCUUUUGGCUAUUUUUCGUCAUUAACACGGACGUUUAAUUCUCAAAACAGCCACUGGUGAGCUGUACGGAACAUUUUAACGGGCACGAACUAGAGGAUUUUAAGAUAAACAUAUUGGUUGUGACUUUAGGGACCGUCAUGGGGAAUCGAAAAGACGCGAAACAAAACGGUGCGGCCGUGCCACGAAAUGGCACGGUGCAUCCCGUCCUCCAGGCCCACAGUGAGAGCAGUGAAAUCAACCACACGGACAACGGAGAGGAGAUCCACAAGAUUUACACCCGCAUCAAACAACUACCGAGCUUCAGAGACCUAAACAAGCAAGUACAAGCGGUCGUCGAGCGGUCUUCGUGGUGGGAGCGCUACGGCUGGGAAUGGGUUGCGAUUGUCGUCUGCGCGUCUCUAGUUCCCGUCGGAUUCUGGCUCCUGGCGAGAGAAAGCUACCCCGUGAUCAUGGCAGGGAUGUUUCUCAUGGGCUGCAUACACGCCAAUUUCAGUAACAAGGCGAGCCACUUAGCCACUCACGGUGCCCUUGCAAAUUCUGGACGAUGGAACCAUUUCUGGUCAAGAGUAUUCCUUACUUUUAUUGGUGCGUUCUCCACAGAAAUGGGAUAUGACAUCCACAUCCGGAUUCACCACCCCCACACGAAUAUCAUCGGGUUAGGGGACUCCUCUACCUGGAAAGUCCCUUUCCUACCAAGGUACAUCUACAUGUUCGUAGCUCCUCUCGUCGUCCCGGCCAUCACCCCAUUGGUCACAAUCCAUCACCUUGUCGGGAACAAAAUGUUUAAGGAACUCUUCCUAGGUUAUCUCCCGCUGAGUUUUGCUGGGCUCUACGGGAAUGUCUGGGUCCUGGUUCAUUACUGUGGAUAUGCAUGGCCCACAGCGAUCUUCGUCAUGUUCGCAAGCAGAGCAGCGCUGGCAAUACCGUACAUUCAUGUCAACAUCUUUCAACACAUCGGACUCCCGAUGUACUCCCAGGAGCAUCGCCCCCAGCGGAUUUACCAGAUGUCAACAGGCGUCCUCAACCUUGACCGUAACUUCAUCCUGGACUACGCCUUCGGGCAUGCUAUCAUAAGUUGUCACGUUGAGCACCACCUUUUCCCUAAGCUCUCCGACAACAUGUGCUUGAAGGUCAAGCCGAUUGUUUCGAAGUUUCUUCUGGAGCAUGGACAACCAUACCAAGAGGACACUUAUUGGAAUCGGUUGGUGAUUUUCCUGACCAAAUACAAGGAACUUAUGCAGAACGCGCCCCCGAUUACUCAUUUUGUGGGGAUCCAGUAAUACAGAAUUUAUAUGGAUAAACAUUUCUCAUACACUGUAAUCUAGGAAUAAUUUUUGCUCGAGAAUAUUAACAAUUUCGUCAAGAAAAUGUGAUUUACUGUUAUCUAGCAGUGUCUUGUCGCCGGUACAAUGGACGGUUCAGUGUCGGCUUUACAGUAACUUAUGACUGUCGAGGAAACAGGGUAUGCACUUAGAAUGAAGGGACAGCAAUGUAGGUGACAAAAAGUUGGUCCUCUGAUCCUCCAGGCUAUGAACCCGCGUAAUGAUUUAAUAUUCUUUUAUCAUCAUCUUGUGGAAUUCAAGGCAGGGACUAACGGCACUGGUAACAGGGCAGGAAGUGGUAUUUGCUGGUGAGACUUCACUGACCAUGGGUGAUAGCUGGACAUCAAUCCUAAGGUACACUCCGGACGCAUUUGACCUCGUCCCUCCCUUAUUUGGACAGAAUUUGAGGGGCUUCUAUUCUGGAACAGCACUUGGACGGCGUAGUGAACUUUGUAAACGAGUCGAGAGUGAUUCAGAGAUUUCUUGAGCGUGUGACUCUGUGACAGACCUCUGACAUUAAUUGUCUGAUGGCUCAAGAGCUUUGUUUUUAGAAUGUACACCAUAUAUCACUUAUAUCACCUGUAUUGUAUUGCUUGUGCACUCGGUACUUCUAAACUGAUUAGCUUAUACGCCCCAGAUAUGGCAUAACAAUUACAAGUAGGCCUUUUAGAUACAUGACGCAUUCUAUAAUUGAACUUGAUAUUUACCACUACAAAGUGUUUUAACUUGAUAUAAGGCUGAGUCUUGUUGUCGGUCAACGACAAACUUGCUUGCACUUCAUCUUCAGUGCUCAGAUGUCUAAAAAUUAAAAAAAACAUUCUAAGAAAUCUUAAACGCAAUUUUGCAAUAUGUAAAAAGGGUAUUUACACUCAGAUACAUUUAUGGAAAUGCUCUCUUUAAGUCCUUGACAAAGCCGGUCGAUUUACUGUGUCCGGAUGGAAGGGAUGACAAAUUAUCGGAUUUGGCUUUUUUACCGCGAGAAAAACACUUUCGAGCACCACAGUAAUUUGCCUAACGCCACAUCCACGAGGUCACUGCUCUAAAGGGUGUUUCGUCGAAGCAAGAAAGAUGGGGCUGUUGGUAAAGAAAGGUGCUUCUUGUCCAGGUAUUGGCUUCUUGACUCAUAUCGAUGAUGUCUGCGGAGAAGCCAGUCUCAAAACUUGCUUGAUGAUAUUGGGUAAAAGUAAUAUCCUCAUAACGUCUUGUUACUAAAAUACUAAAAGAGAUUAAAUCGCCACGCUUCAUUUUGCGCUCAGUGGCCCGACGCCUGUCUUGAUUGUCCCGAUCAACUGAUCCGCAGGGCCAUCAUCAUCAAACCAGACAAAUUAUUAUGGUAUUGUGUGAUAUUAUGAAAACCCCAUUCUCUUGAUGGGCAUCAUCAAUCGCCUGGAACGCUUGUUAUGCGCGUUCCCGGUGUCAGCAUCAUCAGUUUAUAAGACCCCGAACAUAAUAGGUGUAUCAAUUCAUCACCUUCUGACAAUCAUUAUCCCGUGGGUUUUAUUGGCGGGAUAUUGCGCGCGCGAUAAACCAGCCACGGGAAAGCAUAUUAAGAUUCCUGGCCGCCAUUCCAUUGACAAAUCGUGGCCUUUUGACAGCCACGUGCUAAAUUGCUGGUAUUUUCUCCCGUUAUUACUUCUGGGUGUCAGCGUUCCUCGCUCUUAAUUCUCAUCAUUAAACGGAUGCUUACCCCUUGAAAAGAGACCAGAUUUUAAUUAAGUGAAGAACGGCCCGGAAAUCGCACAAUAAACGUCACUUCCCUCAAUAAAACCGCCCUGAUAUAUUAGUCUUCCGAGAAAUAUUUCUUCCGCGCUCAAUAGCCGCGUAUAAGAUCAGCGCUUGGGAAGAUUUAAUAACUCUCCUUUGACCGAGGACCCAUCAAAGACGAGAUAAACGCAAGCAAAAUGAAAACUCAACAAUCAUGUUUUUAUAGAAAAGUGCUCUCUAUUCAUAAAUUAAUAAUCUCGAGUAACAUUGGUUAUCCGGUGUUAAUGCCAUUAAAUGGUUUGACAGUAUUUACAGAGGUAUAGGAUCGGGUGGUGACAUGAAUAAGGAGGCUAAUGCAAUUAUCACGCCACAUCAAGUGCUAUUAUUAAAACUAAAUAUUGGCAGUGACAUAAGCGACUUUCAAUAUGCCCGCGGGAUCGACCCAAUUGGAUGAUUUGGAUAUACGGAUAAAGGAAAUCGUUUAUAAUGCAGCAAUGUUGGAUUCUGCUGUACGAUAGAAUGGUCGCAGACUACAUGUAACAAAUGCUUGGUAGGUAAGAUCAUAAAGGAAAAACUUUCAGAAGUCGGUCCUUUAUAUUUAUUACUUUGAUAGUAUGUCCACACCUGACCAGUUUUGUGGAAGGAGUAUACUGGCAGAGCAUCAUCAGUCAUUCCAAAGAAUUGAACGACACCAAACAUAAGGAAAUAAACCACCACGUCCCCAUCACUGCCAGCAACUAGAGCAAACAAAUGAUUAGUGAAACCACUAUUUCUCAUUGUAAAGAUUUCCGUUUAGGAAAAUCUUAAUAACACUAUGAGUAUACAUGAUAAUAUGCGGGAC